AUGACGCCGGAAUCUCCUUCUCCAGUCAUCACCAUUCGGGAGAACAAGAUCAUGCGCACACCAUUGAUGGACGCUGUCAAGGCUACACAAGAGGUCACCUCACAUAUCAAGAACCGAGAUUUCGCCACGGCGAUGACGUUGCGCGAUUCCGAGUUCAAGGAGUACCAUUACGCUUAUCUCAACACAGCCACCCCUGACCACCCUAAGCUAGCCCUCCCCGAAAACAAGAGAAUGCGCAUCGCCAUAGUCCACGUCGGUGCUCCGGCAGGAGGCAUGAACCAGGCGUCUCGUGCUGCUGUCGCGUACUGCUUAACUCGCGGCCACACCCCCAUUGCUAUCCACAACGGAUUCCCCGGUCUGAUCCGCCACCAUGCAGAUACGCCCGUGAGCUCCGUACGCGAGGUACGCUGGGUCGAGACGGACGCGUGGGUGAACGAAGGUGGUUCCGACAUUGGCACAAACCGUGGCCUCCCCUCAGAAGACAUGGAAACCACAGCAGAGUGCUUCAAGAAAUACAAGUUCGACGCUCUCUUCGUCGUCGGCGGCUUCGAAGCCUUCACAGCAGUUAGCCAACUGCGCCAAGCACGCGAGAAGUAUGACGUCUUCAAGAUCCCCAUGGUCGUGCUCCCCGCUACAAUCUCCAACAACGUCCCCGGAAGCGAAUACUCCCUGGGCAGCGAUACGUGCCUCAACGCCCUCAUCGAAUUCUGCGACUGUAUCCGGCAAUCCGCCUCGUCAUCACGCCGCCGUGUCUUCGUCAUCGAGACGCAAGGAGGAAAGUCAGGUUACAUUGCCACGACCGCCGGUCUCGCCGUCGGCGCCGUCGCAGUGUACAUUCCCGAAGAAGGAAUCGACAUCAAGAUGCUCUCGCGCGACAUCGACUUCCUCCGCGACAACUUUGCCCGCGACAAGGGCGCCAAUCGCGCCGGAAAGAUCAUCAUGCGCAACGAGUGCGCCUCCUCCACAUACACCACGCAGUUCAUCGCCGACAUGAUCAAGGAAGAAGCCAAGGGCCGCUUCGAGUCCCGCGCCGCAGUCCCCGGUCACUUCCAGCAGGGCGGAAAGCCCUCGCCCAUGGAUCGCAUUCGCGCCCUGCGCAUGGCCAUCAAGUGUCUCAUGCACCUAGAAACCUACGCCGGCAAAACCAAGGACGAGAUUGCCGCCGACGAGAUGUCCGCGACCGUCAUCGGAAUCAAGGGCUCGCAGGUCCUCUUCUCGGUCAUGGGCGGUGAGUCUGGUCUUGAGGCCAUCGAGACGGACUGGGCCCGUCGCCGUCCGAAGGCCGAGUUCUGGCUCCAGCUGCAGGAUACGGUCAAUAUUCUCUCUGGCCGUGCUGGCGCAAAGGCGACCUGGUCGUGCUAUGAGGAUGAUGAUCAGACUCAGGCGCCUUCUCCGCGGGCUUCGCCCAAGAAGCUGGUUUAG